AUGCGCUGUGGCUCUGGGAAAGGGAACCCCUGGCCCUCCCCAGCACCCCCCGAGUGGUCACGGGGGCCCAGCACACACACGCACUCCCCCUUGGUGGGCCCGGGGGCAGCUGGGGGCAGCUGGGCGCUGGGUGCUGCUGGGGCCCGCGCAGGUCUGGCCAAGCUGAACUCCCACAGACCUGUUUUGGGGGGUGAAGAGUUGGGGAAAGUCUCCCCCACCAAACUCCAAGGACCAGUCAGGCGGGAUCAAGUCCGGGAUGACGAGUUCCCAUUCCCCCAGGAAGCCGGGACCCCCAACGCCCCCUCCGGGCCUCCCCCCUCUCCCCGCUCCUCCGCCUCCCCACCGGCCCUCCGCCGCGCCGAAGUUGGGGGCGCCCCCGGGUCGCCUCCCAGCCCUGGCCCCCCCUCACCUCCGCCGCGCCGCUCCAUGCUCGGCCCGGGCCGCCCCCAGCGCUCCACAGGCGCGCCGCCCGGCUCCGGCCCGCGCGCGGCCACUCGGAGGCGCCCGGCCCGGCCCGGCCCGGCCCCGCCUCCGCGGCGCCCCCGGCCCGACCGGCCCCCGUCCGGCCCGAGUGGGCGGCGCAGCGCGGGGGAGGGGUCCGAGGGGCGUCCCCGCCCCGGCGCGGACACGCGCAGCACCCCGCGUCACGCGGGGCCGCGCCGCGGGCCUCGGGACCCCCCACGCCCGGUGGGCUCGGGGACUCGGCGGCGGCGGCGGGUCACCCUCCACCCCUACCCGGGCCCCGGGGCCAGCGGCAGCUGGUCAUUGUUCCAGCACAAAGGGCCCGGCGCCACGGCGGCCGCCCUUCCCCCUCCGCUCCUCCGGUCGAAGCCUCCCCCGCAAGACACACUCCGGCUUCGGAGUCCCGAGCGGGGCGCGGAGGGCCGGCCCCCCCACCCGCCCCGGCCGCCGGGCCCCUGCUCCCCAGGGCCGGGUCGCGGACCCGGGCUCGGGCCGUGCCUGCCCCACCCCCAGCGGUGGAGGGAGGCAGAUUCGGAUUUGCGGAGGCGGCGCCACCAGGCGGCGCGUUCGCAGGAUACACCGCCACCCCAGCAACUUUGGGGGCCCCUACCGGACUGCCCAGCACUGUAG